UUCCUCACCAACUAUAAGGAGGACCCGAUCAGAGUCGGCGAUAUUGUCGUGUUUAAAGUGGAGGGACGGGACAUACCUAUCGUUCAUCGAGUGCUUAAACUUCACGAAAAAGAUGACGGUUCGGUGAAGAUAUUGACAAAAGGAGACAACAAUUCGGUGGACGACAGGGGACUCUACGCUCCGGGACAGCUGUGGCUCCAGAAGAAGGACAUUGUGGGCAGAGCUCGAGGCUUUGUCCCAUACGUUGGAAUCGUUACAAUACUUAUGAAUGAUUACCCGAAGUUUAAGUACGCUGUGUUGGGAUGUUUGGGACUAUUUGUUUUGGUGCACAGGGAGUGACAAACAGCCAGUCCUUCCCCAAGUCCUCCGAAACCAUUGAUUUAACGAUCGAU